AUGUUGGUGGUUGGGCGUAUGUUUUCGAUUGUCCUCCGUAAAGGACGCCAUGGGAUGUUUUGUCGUCCACCUAGCUCACUGCCAGAUUUUGAAUCUAAGUUCUUGCAUUGCACGUGCUGCUGGCGGAGUCGUAUUACUACGGCCGGAUUCGAUACAAUAAAUGCUACGCUCUCUCCAGAGAUAUGUAAGGAUGACAGUAGAUCGUUGGACUCUUACUACACACCAGAGCAACGAGAGGUCAUUUUACAACUUCUAAACACUGCAACGGAGUCAGAACUUGCCUCCGUCAAACUUCUGAGAGGAAGAAAAUCUGUCAACAUAGUGGACUAUAGAAAAAGAAAUGGACCUUUCAAAGACUUGGAAAGUGUCAUAAACGUACCAUUGUUGAAACACAAGAGCGCUGUCAUUGUAUUUAACUCCAUCCUCCAUCCGCAAGAGAAAACAGUAAGAAGAAAGACCAAGAUUCAGCUGGCUAAAUUCAUCAGGCCCGAAAUUGAUCGGGCUUUGUUGGAGGACGCUAGUUCAAUUGUGUCCAUUGUGUGCGGCACCAAUAAGAUUGCUUGGACUCAUAUGGACCGAGCAAUGACUGUUUUGGAUUGGAAACAGAAGGAGUGCCAGAAUUUUAUGAAAGGAACUUACAUGGCUUCCACAUACUUAGAAGAUAUAUCCAAUGCUGUCUCUGAUAUCCCAACCGCUGACUUCUUUGUGGUGGAGAAGCCAGGUAUAUCAAUACAAAACACUUCCCUCUACCCAGUUAUGGUGCACCUCCGCACUGUGGAGGCCAUGCUCUUUGCCCUGCUGGGCUCGCAGCGGGAGCCCGACACUCCUCCCAAGGUACUCAACAUGAUGCGCACGGCCGUAGGGCGUCACUUCGGCCUGAUCGUCGGCGAGGCUCGGACGAGCGGGGCUCACAUCGUCCGGCAAAUGAUGACCGAGUCCGUGACCAAGAAGGCCCCUCGCGUGACCUUCCCCCACGACUUACUGGUAAAAUACAGGAACUCUUUCCAUAUUGGCACCAGGAGUCGUGGAGAUGAGAUGUGUGAUGCUCUGCUACAGGCGGUGGCUUUUUAUGAACUCCUCGGAGACUGAAGGCAAAGUAGACGACUAGUUCUAUCCACGUCGGAUUUUAAGGCUAAAGUGUAGUUAUCUGUUCUUGGAGUAAUGUGAUUCAAUUUUUUGAACUGAUGAACUCUUGAUACAUUUUUUUGGGUCCUAAUAUCUUUACCUGCGCUGUGAUUAAAAUAGGAGUAUUUUGAGCUCUGCAA